ACCUCCGGAUCUUCCUUCAAGACGUGUAUAUUAGGACCGAGUGCCUCGGACUCAAUCUUCACAAAACUCGACGUCUUGAAGUGUCCUGACAAGAAUCACCAGAAUCAUGACUCCCUUCCUUUUCCUGUUCGUUGCCUUGGCAACUGCAUCUCCCAUGAGGAGGCAGACGAUGGGCGGUCUGGAUGCCGACGGUGACGGACUCGUCUCUAAGGACGAAGUGUUUGCCGCCAUGUCUCUUCACGAGGCUCUUGUCGCCCUGGACAGGGACGGUGAUGGCUUCAUCUACCUGGCUCAGAUCAUCGAGCUGUGGGGAGUUGGUGACCAGUUUUACCUUCUCAACACCGACGGAGACGACCACCUCACCUUCAGGGAGAUCGAGAACGGAAUGACUCUGAGCACCUUUUACGAUCAGUUCGACUUCAACAUGGACGGCACCCUGGAUGUUGCCGAGGCUUACCAGCUCAACUUCAUCUACGAUGUCAUCAAUGACCCUACCCUGGACGACCCUCUGGACUCCAACGGUGACGGCAGACUCUCCAGGCUCGAGGUUUUAAGCCACAUGAAUUACGACGAGGUUCUCAUGGCUCUGGACACUGACGGUGACCAGCGUCUGACUCCCGCUGAGCUGAUGGUCCUGAUGGGCUCCGAGACCACGGAGUUCAUGAACGACCAGGACAACAACGACGAUGGGUUCGUCACUUAUGACGAGGCCAAAAGUCACCGCAUGAGCCUCGGCAGGAUCUUUGACAGGCUGGACCAGGACGAUAGCAACUACCUAGAGAAUGGCGAGGGCGCCGGUUUCUACACUGUGUAUGUGACUAUCGCAGCCGCCAACGCUAGCAACUAAGCAGGGUCCUCAUUACGGGCUGGUUCUUGUGAUGACCCGAUUGCAGAUUCAUCAGUAGCUACAGUUAUGCAAACGAAAGACUGAAAUAAAAUAUUAC